CCUCACAAAAUAAUUUGUCGCCCAUUACCACCAUCAUCACAUCACCACCAGACCUCCAAACAAUCCAAUUGCACGACCGACCUCACAAUGUACGCCAUGGCGUCCUCCAGCACGCGUUUCAGAUGCCUGAACGCACCGCCUCUCCGCAACGCAGCAAAGGCGGUUUAUAUCAACUCCUCCUCAGUCCGCGGCCUUGCAACGCCCGCUGGCGAAGCAAACCCCUCAGACACAACCACCACCGCCGACGCCUCCGCAGCGAAGCCAACCAAAGGUCGCCCAACCUACUUCAAAGACACCCCCGUCCCCACCCUGCACGAAUACCUCGACAUCGACCAACCCCUCACCCCCGCCGAAAUGCUCGCCCUGCGCCCCCGAACCGCAAAGGUGGGAAAAAAAGAAAUCACCCGCCUCCCGUCCUGGCUCAAGACCUCCAUCCCCUCCCCCAACACCUCUGCGGGCUUCAAAGCUAUUAAAGCCGAUCUCCGCGGACUGGGGCUGCAUACAGUGUGUGAAGAGGCGCGGUGUCCCAAUAUCGGGGAAUGUUGGGGAGGCUCGGAUAAGGCGUCUGCGACGGCUACUAUUAUGUUGAUGGGGGAUACGUGCACGAGGGGGUGUAGGUUUUGUUCUGUGAAGACGGCACGUAAGGCGAAGGGGGCGUGGGAUCUGGCCCCGUUGGAUCCGCAUGAGCCUGAGAACACGGCUGAGGCGCUGAGGAGGUGGGGACUGGGGUAUGUGGUGUUGACCAGCGUUGACCGCGAUGAUCUGCUCGAUGGCGGGGCAGCGCAUUUCGCGGAGACGAUUGCGAAGAUUAAGUCGAAGAGUCGGGAGGGCGGGGGGAGGGAGAUAAUGGUUGAAGCGCUGACGGGGGAUUUCGGCGGGAAGUUGGAGAUGGUUGAUAAAGUCGCUCUGUCGGGACUGGAUGUUUACGCGCAUAAUGUCGAGACGGUGGAUGAGCUUACCCCUCAAGUCAGGGAUAGGCGCGCGACGUUCGCGCAGUCUUUGAAGGUGCUGGGGAGGGCGAAGGAGACGGUGCCGAGUUUGAUUACGAAGACGAGUAUUAUGCUGGGCUUGGGAGAGACGGAGCCGCAGCUUAUGGACGCCCUGAGGAGGCUGAGGGAGGUGAAUGUUGAUGUGGUUACGUUUGGACAGUAUAUGAGGCCCACGAAGAGACAUAUGCAGGUUGAGGAGUACAUCUCACCGCAGGUGUUUGACGCGUGGAAGAAGAGGGCGUUGGAGAUGGGGUUUUUGUAUUGUGCGGCUGGGCCACUGGUGAGGAGUAGUUAUAAGGCCGGGGAGGCGUUUAUUGAGAAUGUGUUGAAGAAGAGGAGGGGGGUGGAGGGGGAGGGGAAGGGGGAGAAAGAGGUGGUUGUGGAGGUUUAG